AUGAGCGAAGUUAAGACAUCUUCCCCAUUUCUUUCGUUGUUUCGAAGAAAGAAGCGAGUCAAUGGAGCUGCAGAUGAUAUCAAAGCUAACACUUUGUCACCAACCAGAAAGAAUGUGAGUUAAUAUUGUUGACAGGGGGUUAAUCAAGGAAAUUUUGAAUUUGUGAAAAAUGAGUUUUCGAAUUUUUGAAAAGGCAGUUGGAUACUUCAAUUGUGAAGUAAAAUUCUGAAAAAAGUGAAGUUCAAAAAUUCUGAACAUUUUCUGAAAAAUGUCACAGUUUUUGUGAAGGAAGAAGUUACCAUAGAGAAAUCUCACCAAGCAGAAACAAAUAUUCUCUUCAAAUAAAUUUUUUUCAGUUUUCAAAAAAUCUAAUUCUUGACCUGAAAAAAUCUCUGGUUUUUAAUAAAUCUGAUUUUUUCAUCCACUUUCAGCCAAUUCCAGAAAAAAAAUUGCCUUGUAAAAACAAGAAAAAUUGAAUUUGAGAAAGCAAAAAACAACAUUUUGUAUAUUUUUCGUUUUUUUUUGGCAAGAAAAUCUCUGAAAACUCCCAAGAGAAAGCCAACCAAACAAAAAAAGCAAGAGGUUUUUAACAAGUGCUUCUUCUUUUUUCUCACGCCGCUGUUGCGAUUUCUCCUUCUCCCAGAAUGUUUUUUUGUUGUUUCGCGUCUUUGUGUGCACUUUAAUAUACUUCAAUUUAUUUUUUUCAGGAUAAGAAUUUUGUCGUUGGCAAAGAAAACAAAGGAAUUGUGACAAGUAACACAAUGCCAGCUGAUAUGGAUGGUGGAAAAAAGAAGAAAAAAGGAACGAAAGGACAGAAAGAUUUUGGAAAGGUUGGUUUUUUCUCACUUAAAAAACCUUUUAUCAAAUUCUCACAAAAAAAGUAAAUCAUAAAUCCAUUUCUUCCCAAAAAAUCACAUGACGUUUCUAAAAAAAGUGCAUCAGUCACAUAUCCCUAAAGACUUUGACACACAUUUUUCAGUCAAUGUCAAUGGAUGUUUUACUCGAGGAUGAGGCUUUGGUUGAAGCUUUGGAAGCGAUUGGAGAUGAGAAACCAAUUGUUGCAAGAAGUAUUCCAAAACAUGCAAGAGUUACAAAGAAGGAGGAUAAUUCGAUGAAGAAUUGUCUUUUUGAGAAAGAGGUGGAGUUUUAACUGGGGUUAUGAGAGAAUAUGGGAAAUUUGAAAAUGUUUGAGAUUUUGAAAAAAAGCGUGUUAGAAAUUACGUAAAGAAAAAAUGUUCUCCUGAAGAUUUUUGAACUUCAAACUAUACAAACUCACUCUGAAAUUCUAUAUAAAUGUGAUUUUCGAGCUGAAACAGGAAACUACAUAAUUACAAAAUUUCAAAUGAAUUUUUCUGUUUACUACUUUUCUUCAAGAUUUCAAAAUGAGAAUUGUGCAAUUAAAAAUUGUUCCUGUAAUAUUUCUCGGCCUCUCACCGGGUGAACAUCCUACAGUGGCGUGCAUUAGUGAUGCAUAUUUGUGUUUUUUGGGUGUAGGAAGGGUGAAAAUAGUCAGAAUAGGGUGAGAUUUGGCAAGAAUACGUAAAUCAGUCCUAAAAAUGAUCUCUAAUCAAAAUAUAACCGAUUUUGAUAUUUUUCCACGUGGCAGUUAUAUGACGUGCAAAAUGAUGGAAAUCGCAUUUUUCUCAAUUUUUGCAAAACCAACUCCAAUUUCUUUUUUUGUUCAAUUUUUGUUAGUUUUUGAGUUAGAUACUAUAUUUUAGCUCAGUUCAGUUAUUUUGGUCCAACAAACCAAGUGUUUUGAUAGAAAUUGAGAACUAUAGUAACCUCCUGAACUGUACACCUUUACUGAAGCAUGCCAUCGUUUUUGACCAUGGCUGAAGGGGUGAAAAAUAUUUGGUUAGAUUGAUAUUAUGGACUCAAAUGUUGUCAAACAUCAUCAAAAACUUAUUUGGAAAGUUUCAUAUGAAAAUUGAUUAACUUGUUCCAAUUUAUUAGAGAUUAUGUAAAAAAUGUUAAAAUUUCUGUCCAACAAAUUUCUCAAUUUUUAUGCAUAUAUUAUUGAAAGAAGUUCGAAAGUGGGUUUUAAUGAGCUGAAUAUGUUCCUUUCUUGUAUCUGAAUUGAAGUUGUCAUGGAUUCUUAUCAAUUUCUAGCUUAUCUCAUAAUUUGGUGAUGUUAUCAAUCGAUAACGCUCAAUCAACUCGGUCGAAUGAAAACCAGACGAUACUAAAACAAUGAUUUUCGAAAAAUUUAAAUAGAAAACCCAAAGAAAUCAUGGAAAAAGCUUUCAAAACGAUUUUUGAACAUAUUCUAGCCGAUUUGGGUUGAUAACAAAAAAAUUAUGCCCGAACUAAUAAUCAGACAAAAUGUUCAUAUUGAUAUUUCCAAAAAACCGUUGAAAACCAUUCAAUAAAAUGAUGUUUUUCACGGAUAGAUGGGCUGAUUAGGAUUAAUUUUGAUGCACAGUGGUCCAUCGAGUAGAAUUCGCAAAAAAAUUCCGAUGAAAAACCUCUUAAUAAGAAAAAUCAAUCAUGAACUUCGAUUUAUUCCGAAAGUAGAAAAUCAAGAUUUUUCAUUUGUCCCAGCAUAAUUCUGAAUUGGUAGUUCCAUGUCAGGACAAACUUUCAAAACAUGUUUUUGAUGAUGUUUGACAACAUUUGAGUCCAUAAUAUCAAUCUAACCAAAUAGUUUUCACCCCUUCAGCCAUGGUCAAAAACGAUGGCAUGCUUCAGUAAAGGUGUACAGUUCAGGAGGUUACUAUAGUUCUCAAUUUCUAUCAAAACACUUGGUUUGUUGGACCAAAAUAACUGAACUGAGCUAAAAUAUAGUGUCUAACUCAAAAACUAACAAAAAUUGAACAAAAAAAGAAAUUGGAGUUGGUUUUGCAAAAAUUGAGAAAAAUGCGAUUUUCAUCAUUUUGCACGUCAUAUAACUGCCACGUGGAAAAAUAUCAAAAUCGGUUAUAUUUUGAUUAUAGAUCAUUUUUAGGACUGAUUUACGUGUUCUUGCCAAAUCUCACCCCAUUCUGACUAUUUUCACCCUUCCUACACCCAAAAAACACAAAUAUGCAUCACUAAUGCACGCCACUGUAUGUUAAUUGAUAAAAAACUCUACCUUGAGCUUUUGAUAUCUCAAAAUCUUUGGGUUUACUGAAAUAUUUGGAACAUUUUUUUCUAGGUUUCCUACACAAGUCUCCAACAUAUAAAUUUCAAUAUUUUCCAGGUUUACGACACAAUGUUGUCAGAUUCAUUGAGAGUUUGCGAAAUGCUUCAAUCACAUCUUGAUGAUUGUAUCGUCUCAGUCCGCGCAAAAAGUCCAGAACCAACUUCAUCAUACUCAUUGGUAACUCAACUUUUUUCUCUUUCCUAUCCAUCCAUCAUAAAUAUUCUUUCUAGGAUGGUCGAGACUCAGGUCGUGGUGCGUCAUCACCCUCCUCCACAAUGUCAUCAACCGCAAGUCCAUCAGUUCGACGAAUUCAGAAAGAAACACAUAUGUAA